GGGGGUGGAGGGAAGGGGUGGAGGAGCUGCUCUCUGAGUGAAGUCCGUAGGCUCUCAGAGAUCCUCUGAGCAGCAGCAAAGGUGGCAUGAGGGUCUAGCCGGUUUGUUCACCUCCGUGUUCUUUCCACUGCCUCCUCUUUCGGACCGGAGUCACGGCUGUUCUAAAGGGCUUAGUCCGGGACACUAGAGUGCCAUCUCGCACGGCUUCCAGCUAAGCAUGCCACAGUCGCCCGCCGCUACCUUGGCCCUGCCGCUGUUACUGCUACUGCUGCUGGUGCGGACGCCUCCCGAGACGGGCGCGCGGCCGUCUGCAGGCCCCGAUUACCUGCGGCGCGGCUGGCUGCGGCUGCUGGCGGAGGGCGAAGGCUGCGCGCCCUGUCGGCCAGAGGAGUGCGCCGCGCCACGGGGCUGCUUGGCCGGCCGGGUGCGGGACGCGUGCGACUGCUGCUGGGAAUGCGCCAACCUCGAGGGACAACUCUGUGACCUGGACCCCAGCGCCCACUUCUACGGGCGUUGCGGCGAGCAGCUGGAGUGCCGGUUAGACGCAGGCGGCGACCUUAGUCGCGGAGAGGUGCCAGAGCCUCUGUGUGCUUGCCGCUCGCAGCGCCCGCUCUGCGGUUCGGAUGGCCGCACCUACGCGCAGAUCUGCCGCCUGCAGGAGGCGGCCCGCGCUCGGCCUGAAGCCAACCUCACUGUGGCGCAUCCAGGGCCCUGCGAAUCUGAGCCCCAGAUUGUGUCCCACCCAUUCGACAUUUGGAAUGUGAUGGGGCAGGACGUGAUAUUUGGCUGUGAGGUGUUUGCCUACCCCAUGGCCUCCAUCGAGUGGAGGAAGGACGGCUUGGACAUACAGCUGCCAGGGGAUGACCCCCACAUCUCUGUGCAGUUUAGGGGUGGACCCCAGAGGUUUGAGGUGACGGCCUGGCUGCAGAUCCAGGCUGUGCGUCCCAGUGAUGAGGGCACCUACCGCUGCCUGGCCCACAAUGCCCUGGGCCAGGUUGAGGCCUCAGCUAGCCUCACAGUGCUCACAUCAGACCAGCUGAACGCCACAGGCAUCUCCCAGCUGCCAUCCCUGCAUCUGGCUUCUGAGGAGGAGGCUGAGAGUGAAGAGGGCGAGGAUUACUACUAGGUCUGGAGCCCAGGCCCAUGGGGGUGGGCGAGUGGGGAUAGUGUUCAUCCCUGCUCUUGAAAAGAAUUGGAAAGGGGUGAGCAGGGCCUUUCAUGGGUUGCUUUACUGCCCUACAUGGGCAGACAUGGCCCCCAGGGUCGGGGGGAGGGCAAAAGUUGGAGAAAGGUAAGGAGAGAGGCAGAGACUAGGAGAGGUGGAAUGCAAAGAAGCUUAUGCAGGAGAUGCCCUGGCCGGGAAAGUCUUCAGUGUUGACCAACCAGGCAGAAGGCAACAGUUACCUAGUCCCCUGGCUGGGUGGGGGCAUGGCAGGGGCAGAGCAGACACAAAGAAGUGCAGACACUAUUGGGGGAAAUACAGUACAUCCUCCACUUCAUUCUGGCAGCCCUUCCUCCAGCACUGCUCAGCCAAUCUUUCUAACUUCCCUUCCCUACAACUCCUGCUGUUAUUUAUCUAGUCCCUAAUUUUUGCCAACCUCAGUUUAUUCUUCCUCAAAGCUCACCUUCUAGAAAUUUCCUCUCCUUGAACUUAUUAACUGCAGUCGUCUUUGCUGUUCACCAUCUUCUAUCCAGGAGAACACAGUGGAACAUGGUUUUAGUCCAGUGCAGUAGGAUGUGCAUUUAGUCAUGUCAAAUUUCUCCUGUCAUUCUGGAAACUCCUGGAUGCCAGCACUGUAUCUUAUAUCACCCUGUAUUGGGCAAUGCCUAGCACAGGACUAGGCACAGUAAGCACGCAAUAAAGACUUAUGAGCAAACGGAGAUGCACAGAUGCAUAGAUGGUUCAUGCGAUGUGCACAUGAAGACCCCAUUUCCGUGAGAGGCCUCCCAUGGCAGUAGGACUCUAGCUUCCAGAAAUUGCAGGUCCUGCUCUCUAAGCACAUGCUGGCCAGAUGUACAGAGAAGAAGCUAGAGCUGGGGCCUACCCUGCCCUCUAGGGAGGAAGGCUGGAGCCAUCUGGUUGAAAGGAGGUUCUUCCCAGUCUACACUCCACUGGAGCUGGUCUAGAAAUAGAUUGCCUGUCUCUCUGUUUAUCUCAGUCUGCUCUCUUCCCUAGGCAGAGUGGGGAACCUGGUCCAUAUGGGGAGGACCCCAAUGUAAAAGCAUAAAUUGGAUGGAGGAGGGGAGAAAUUUGCCCAUGUGUAUGGGCUGUACCCUAGGGUUCCCCUAGGAAUUAAUUCACCCAUCUCCCAUCUGACAUCAAAGUCAGGUAAGCCUGUUUCCUCAUUGGCCCUAAAUAUGUCCUCUCCUAUCUGGCUGGGGGUCUUAAUGGAGCCGCACUCUUCUCCCCAUAUUUCUCUCCACACUCUCUCCUUACCUAGCCGAGGGACACUGGUAAGGCACAGAGUUUAUUGACUGAUUGAGGCAGAACAUGAAAACUGAAGUUCGCGAGGUUAAGACCCAGUGGGUGGAUGGCGACAGUCUCCCACGCGCCUGGUCUCCGCCCGGAGCUUGGCGCCACCACUGGAGAGAUUGCUGUCGGCUCGGUGUCUGAGCUUGUCUUCUGGGGCCCAACGCAGGGAGCCCGGGCUCUUGGGAGGGGCGUGGUCCGAAACCGCAACCCGGGGGCUUGGCCGAGCCUCAUCCCAAGACUAAGCCAGAGGACAGCCCUCAUAGCCGUCCUGGCUGGAUGCAGCCUGGCGGCCCCAGGAACUGCGUUCGUCAGCUCGAGUGGGUUGGAUACUUGGGCCGAAUUCCAAGGCGACCGCGGAAGCAGGACUGGGGAUGUCAGUGGUGUGCCAGGGAUAGAGGGGUCAUGCUGCUCGGCGUCCGGACAGAAGGAGGCCUGCUGGGAGCUGAAAGGGGAAGGUGGGUCUGGGUCACUCCGCUUCCUGGAAUCCGCCGCAGGCUAGUUCUUCUCGAGGGACUCCUGCCCAGCUAGUCUCGAAGGCGCCCCCUGGCCGUCCUAUCUAUAUUACCGCGCCCACCUGCGGAGCAAAUUGUUCCCUGCGCCUGCGGGCCUCUGUAUUCCUUGACAGUUUUGCAGACUUUGUAGGAUAUUUGGGUGCAACUUCCUUACACCCUCAGUGAGCCCUCGCGGUCCUGCUGGUUCAGGCCUCAACAGCCCGGAAUAGGAGGAACCCUGCUGCCUCCCCGCCGCCGCCCCCCUCCCACCUCUGCUCCGCAGACGGGCUUUAAUAACGUCGCUGGAAAGUGACACGCGAUUUAUUAUUAAAGUAAUGCAGGGACGGCAAAGGUUUAAUAAACGCGCUGCGAUGCCGAGGAUUAUUCACCGCAAAUAAAUGAGAGCGCGGGCAGCGUUUUAAUAAAUAAUUUCCCGCCGCUCCCGGGGGAGGAGAGGGGAAGUGGGGAAAGCAGAGCGGCUGCCAGAACUCCCGGCUUCGCCUCCCCACGGGUUUCCAAGCCUUCUCCGAGAUUUUCGGCUUAGGUUACUCGCGCCGGACCUGUGAGGCUCCAGGAGAGCUGACCUGGAGUGGCACAGGCCUGGAGCGGGGAGAGGCUCUGACCCACCCCACUUCCCCCACCUCUGAGAUUUUAAGUAGUGUGCUUAAGAUCAGCGAAUGCACUUCUUUUCGGCUCUGAACCAGAGAGCCAGAGUCAAAAACGGACCAGGACAGAAAGGAUUAACCCUCCCAAGACGAGGGACUCUGUCCCAGGGCCAGGCCAUUCUUCUCCCUGCUUUUGGCUGAUCUGGACUGGACGUCCGGAGCAGGGUGUGGGGAGUUUGCCGAGUGGGGCGGCACGUGUGCGCAAAUGACCCUGACUCCCAACUCGGGCUGUCCUGGGGAAUGGGGCCAGCAUCUGGUUGCGGGUUACUACGAAGGAAGGGUCCUUUAACCACGCUAGUCUGAACCGAGGGAGUCCGGGUGAAGCCCAAGCCCUGGCUUGUUUGUGGACCGGGGUGGAUUUGAGGGCUGAGCCGAACUGGAACCCCAACAGGGAGUCUACCACUUCAACAGAAGUCUUCAGGCUGGAGGAGACGGACUUCGGAGAGGGCGGGGUUUACAGACCAAGGACACGCCCACCGCCCUGGCGGUUAGGGGAAGGAAAGGGAAGCUCCUAGGGUACACUGGCUUCGCACGUUUUGUCACUCGGCCAGAGACGACCUCUCUUGGGUAGCACUUGUGAAGUAUAGGAAGUGGCGAAAGAGUGCCAUCUGGUGGAUAUUUAUGGUUGUGGCAGCCUGACCUGGGCCAGGGGCCUUAAAACAGUUAAAUUGAUUAGAGAAGUUUGAGUUACAAAGGAGCUUUGAUUUUUUAAUUUAUGUAUGUAAACGUGCACAUGUAUGUGUAGUAUAUAUGUGAUAUCUAUAUACAAUAUAGUAUAUUCAUGUAGUAGUUAUAUGUGUAUAUGUUUAUAUACACUGUACAUGACGUGUAUGUAUACAUGCAUGCAUGUACAUCUUAGAAUAUGUUAUAUAUGUGGAUUACCUAAAUGAAUAUACAUAUGUAUGUGGAUAACUAAGCAGGUUCAUAUAUGUAUGUGUAUGCAUUAUGUAUAUAGAUGUAUUGUUAUGUGUAUAUACAGCUGUACGUAUAUAUUUAUUUGCAAGAAUAUGUUCCAUUAUGUGCCAUUGUUUCAACAAAUAUUUGUUAUAUGCUAAUAUUUUGUAGGAGGUGAGAUACAUCACAGAAAAACACAUUGUUCCUGCCCUCAUGGAGCUUACAUUCUAAGAUGUGCAUGUAAACAUAUGUAUACUUACAUUAGUUAUAUAUGUGUAUGUUUGCAGGGUUAUGUGCACAUGUGUGUGUAGCUCUGUGUGUGUAUAUGUGAGGGGUAGACAGGCUUAAACAUUCCGCUGGUGGUCUUGGAGGUCCCUUGAGCUUCUUUUGCUCAAAAGCUCAGAUCCUGUCACCUAGGACUCUAUUCUAAGUGUGCAGGCAGCUUAGAGCAGAGGGAAAGGGGCUGGAGGCAUAGGGCUAUUACCUCCCAGGAUAUAUUUUGUUAUUUCUGCCUCCCCCUAAAUGAUUAGAUUCUUUCUAAAUGGUGAAUAGCUAUGUAAGUCCACUAGGGUAAUGAAAUGUUAGUGAAGAUCAAAUCUCACCUCUCCAUGCAAAGCACCUUAGGAAGAAGGAUGAUGUCUGGGGAUGAGUAGUAAUGGGGUCUGGGAGGCUGGGGUAGGAAUAGGUGCCCUGAAGGGCAGUGAUGGGGGCAUUUAGAGACUGGGAGGGGUCAGGUCGGGGAGGUAGUAAUGGAAGCUCUGAGAGUCAAUUGCAGAUAAUGGAGGGUAGCUUGAGGAUACCUGGGGAGGCAUGGGCUGGUGAAUAGAGAUGGGGCCAGAGGGGAGGAAUGAGGGCAGGCUUAGGGAUGGAGAUGAGGAGGGGUGCAGAGACAGAGGCUCUGGUGGCAAGGAUACAGCCAUCUUGGGGUGGAACCUGGAGGCCAGCUCAGAUGGUGCCACCCCUCCCUUUCUCCCACCCCUCCCUUCUCCAUAAUUGGGCCCCUAUUGUUCUCUAGUCCUCUCUCUUCUCAACUUGGGUCCCAGAUGUGCUGGGGGCAGGGGAGAAGAGAGCAAGCUCCAGGGCUUGGCCUGGCUUAGGUGACUCACUGGCAGGCAGGUUGUGGCAUGGCUCACUAUACCACUGCUCCAUGAAGCCUUGUCCCAGCCGCCUGGGUCAUUGCCUUCCCAGCUGCAUUUACCAGCUUCUGGUUUGUGCUCAGCCCAGGGGGUUCGAACAAGGCUGAGGCCUGGACCUGGGAGAUGGCCAUGGAACAUCCACCACCCCACAUACACAUUCUUGAGACUAAAUUAGGAAAGGUGCUUCUGAAUAAUUUCUUCCUUUCUUCCCUCAUUUUGUUACA